AGUCCUCUUUCAAAUGAACUGGGUGCACUUUAAGAGGACUGAGUUUGGUUUGUUUAAAAAGGACUAAAUGUGAAAACACCCUUAGUUUCACUGGACAUUAUGAGCAGAGAUAUUUAAAUAUGUUUGACUUCAGCUGCAUUUCUGGUUAAAAGAAAAAGAAAAAAAAGCAAAGUUAAUUACCUGAUAAUGGAAACCGUGCUUGUAUCGUGCUUAUAGAUCUGUGGAGGCCAACAGGCCGACCAGCCCCAUCAGGAAUCAGUCCAUGUACAGACCCACACCACAGCGCAAGCCUCCACCCAAACCCUCUGGAGCCAACAUUUAUAAGCCAUCUCUCCUGAGUGCCGAGCCUCUUCUCCCCCCACACAACUUCCACUCUCACAGCCUGCGCAGACUGCCCCUCUACCAGCCCUUACACAUCAGCCAGCCCAUGCCGGUGUCUCUGAGCGUGGGCCAACCCACCCUGCCUCCUCUUCCAGCACACCACAGGGUGCUGCCCGCCCACACCUCCCUCUCACCAACUCGAGUGCCACCUUUCCUCAGCCUGCCACGCCAGCAGCCAUCGUACAGAGUCGACCAGGUUUGUUUGACUCAAGAGUUCAUAAAUUCUACAAAUGAUAUUAAUAGAAACCAGUGGAGGGAAAUGGAAGACUGUAAUGAAGAGAAGUGGUGUCAGGAUUUCUACCUGAGCCACGCUGCUCUGCUGAUAGCUGACGCUCUUCGCGCUGAGCUCACUGACACCCUGAAGAGAAUCGAGCUGCCCAUCUCGCUGCCCGCCUUUGGUUCCCGAAGGAACACCCUGAACAUUAAGAGAGCCCUGCUGGCAGGGUUUUUCAUGCAGGUGGCGCGGGACGUGGAUGGAUCAGGGAACUACUUCAUCCUGACCCAUAAGCACGUGGCACAGAUCCAUCCUCUGUCUGGAUACGGAGCCAAGAGGCCCAAGCUGGGCCUGCCUGAGUGGGUGCUGUUCCAUGAGCACUCCUUCUCCGAGGACAACUGCCUCCGCACCACAACUCACAUAACACCGGAGGAGUUCAUUCAGAUGGCACCACAGUAUUUCUUCUACAAUCUGCCGCCUAGUGAGAGCAAAGACAUCCUCCAAAACAUUUUGAACCACGGAGCUCCUCAGUACCAAGAGAAGAAACCUCAGGCCUCCCAAGUGGAACCGCAGGAGGACCAGGCUUCUGACCGCUGUGUCAUACAGUGACUGACUAACCCACUGCUCCCAGUAGAAUUUAUUGCACUAUAUUGCACAGAAGCACAUUGUCAUUUUAUUGAUAAUUUGUUGUUUUUAGGAGUCAUUUCCUUUCAUCUGUGUCCCAUAUUUCUGUCACAAUAUCAUGUUCUGUAUUUAUGUUUUAAUAGUGCACUAAUAUAUGAAAUGAAAACAAUAA